AAAAUUACAAGAUUUUGGAUUUACCUUCUCAUAACUUUGGCGGCAAAAAUUGUAAACAAACCGAAAUAAAUUUAUCCAAAAAGUUUGGCCAGAAAGUGAUACAUGAUCGCAAAUCAGGUUUUUAUUCAAAAGUUAUAUUAGGGAAAGAAAAUCUUUCAAAUGGAUGAAGAAUGUGACCUAGAUGCUUUAACAGCACUAUUAGAGGAUUCUGACUUGGAAGAAGAACCAGUUGAAGCUAAUAAUGCCAACUCUCAAGAUGAUAAUGAUGAUGGUUGUGAUAUAGAUGAGAUUACUGCAUUCCUUGAACAGUCGGAUAGUGAAGAUGACACUGAAGUAAAGACUGACAUAGGAACAAAAGUUACACAACAGUCUAAUAAAGAUAUCACUUCAUUCCUUGAACAAUGUGAUAGUAAGGAAAAAUCUGAUGUUAAAUCAGACAAAUAUAGUGGAACUGAAACUAAGCAAUUUGAUGAUAAUGAAAAAAAUGAUCGAAGUUCAAAAGAUACUGUUUCUGCAAAACUAUGUAAUGAAUCCAAACAGAAAACACAAGACAAAUUGGAAAUCACAAAGGGUACUGAGGAUCAAGGUCAUGAGAGUGAUGAUGGAGGUCAAGAUUGUGGGAAUGAUGAAGAUCAAGAUUGUGAGACUGAUGAUGAAGAACAAGAUGUACUGGAGAAAUCUGUUGAAGUUGACAACAUUCAAGCUGAAUUACUUGAAAUGCAAAGAAAGAUGCAGGAAUUACAGAAUAGACUGGCAAAAACAAAAUCUACAACUCCUAAAGAUUCACAGAAAAACAGAACUUCAAAAUACAAGUCACCGAGUGCUAAGCAAGAUACAAGACGGUCUGAUUGUGACAAAGAAACUAUUAGUUUUAAACACAAAUCACCUAGUGCUAAGCAAGAUACAAGACUCUCUGAAUGUGGCAAAAAAUUGACUAGUUCAAAACACAAGUCACCUAGUGCUAAGCAAGAUACAAGAAUGUCUGAAUGUGGCAAAGAAACAAUUAGUUCUAAGCACAAUUCACCUAGUACUAAACAAGUUGCAAAAAAGCUGGAUGAUUCAAAACAUAAAACCCUUCACGGUAUAAAGGAUGUAGGAAGUAAUGGGAAAAAGAUGAAAAUUGAGAAAGAUGAUGGUAUGGAUCUAAAAUCUCUUAGAGAACGGGAAAGUUUGAGCAGGGAUCAUAGUCUAAAACCAGCAAGAAAAAUCUCAAGUGGUGAAAUUGCAGAUAAAAUGAAUAUGAAGAAAAAGCUAAAAAGCGCUGCUUCAGAUUUAAACCAUUCAAAAUCAGCAGUUACAUCAAAUAAACCUGAACUUAAGGCUAGCAGACCAAAUGAUUCAGAAUCAAAAGGUGCUACCUCAAAAAAUACUGGAUCAGAUAAACAAAUUGAGAAAUCUAUGGUGCCUAGUGGCAUACUAAUCAGUCCAACAUCAUCAGCAAAACCUAGACUGACUUUGUCAGAAGAUAAUGAGAAUCCAUUUUUUGGGCCAUCUGAAUCUACAUCUGAGGAAUGUAUAGAGGAUAAAAAACAUGAAUCUAAAUCUGAGGAAUGUUUGAUGGACAGAAAGACAUUAGAGAAAAGUUUGUUUGGUGAUGAUGACAGUGAUUGGGAGCCUAUGGAAGAAGAUGACAAGGUUAAACUUAGUGAUGAAGGUCAAGAACUGAGAAAGAUGAUAAAGGAUCAUGGGAAGGUUAGACAGUCAAAUGUCACUUCAGAGGAGGUAGAAGCAAUGAGAAAGAAAGCACAAAAAACUACUUGGAAACCAAAAGGACUUCCUACAAAUUCAUCAACUUCACCUACUGGUAAUCAGAAAUCAACGAAAGAAAAUGAUGAUCCCUCUUUAUUAGAUCCUUUUUCUGGUAUUAGGAUUGUAAACCCAAAAAUUUCUAGUUUGGAAAUGAAAUCCAGAAUGAGAGAUAGAAAGUUAGUGAAGAUUUCAAAGAUUGAUAGAAGGGUUUCUGAACAUGACAAUUGGGUAACAAUAGGAGUGAUUGUUAGUAAAACUGAUCCACGACAAUCAGCCACGGGUAAAACUUAUUGUAUCUGGAAACUGAGUGACCUUCAAGAUUGUGAUAAAAGCAUUUCUUUUUUCCUAUUUGGUGAAGUUUACAAACAACAUUGGAAGAAUGAAGUUACUGCUGUUGUAGGAAUUCUCAACCCUAAUCUAAUGGACAAGGCUGAAAAGGCACAGAAUGACAUGGCCUUCACUGUAAAUCAUCAAGCACAGAUAAUGUUAAUGGGUUACUCUAAAGACUUUGGUAGAUGUGCUGCUAUGAGUGGUAAAGGGAAGAACACAGGGAAACAUUGUUCUAACUUCAUAAAUAAACAACAAGGAGAAUUUUGUACAUUCCAUGUUCAGCGAGCAUAUAGCCAUACUUGUUCACAGAGAACAGAGUUACAGGGAAGUUACUCAGGAAUGACACCAACUAACCACAAAUAUAAACCUCAAGAUAAAAAAGAUGGAUUCUUCUUCUAUCAAGGACAGACCUUUACAACUGGAAAAAAUCAAAGCAACAAGAACAAUAAACACAAGAUAACAGUGGAUAAGUUAAAGCACCAGCAGGCUGUAAAGGGACAGGGUAAAGUGACAACAAUGUCAUUACAUGCCAUCGAUCCUGAAGAUAUAAAGAAGUUAAAGAAACUUGACAAUGUCAAGGAAGAAGAGAAUCCAUUAUUGGAUAUGUUAACUGUUCCUUCACCAGGCUCUAUGAACUUUGUCAAACAUCUCAUGACCAAGGAUAAAAAACCACAAGUGAAUCCAGAAUUUGGCAAGCCAAUAAUCGAGUCAAUAACAGCAAAAGAUUUGUUAAAACAACAUAAACAGAUGAUGAAACAGAAAAGACAAGGGGGGAUAACUUCUGACCCACUAAAGUGUACUCCAACAUUGGGAAAAGGAUUUACCCCUGGAAAAGAUGUAUGUUUAGAAUUCUCUUCACAAAAGUCAGAUUUCGCAAGGAGGAAAGCUAUAGCUAAAGUUCAAGCCAAAGGUGGUAUUACGAAAGAAAAUCCAAAUGCAGUCAAGAAGAAAAAGUCUCCAGAUGCUCACAAGAAAAUCAGGAAAAGAAUACACGAAAGUCAUGACAUGGAUAAUAAUGAGCCAACAGAAGAACGUCCUCGGAAGAGAUCCAAGCUGCUGGGAAAUAUUGAUGAGAAUUCUGCCGAGUUUAAAGAACUGAUGAAAGCUAGAUCUAAACACACUGGUGCUAUUGCUGAAGUGGAGGCAGAAAUGGAGGAUAGAUAUUUUAUGGUACAAGAAAAGAAAGAAAAAUUGGAGGACAAGAUGGCCUCCACCAUGGAGAUUAAAACCGUUGUUUUUACUUGUAAACAGUGUAAAUACACAGCCCAUAGUGCUAAAGAUGAAUGUAAAAAGCAGAACCAUAAUAUUGUAAAAAUACAGACAAUGAAACGUUUCUUUAAGUGUAAGAAAUGUAAUCAUAGAACAUCCAGUAUAGAAAAAAUACCAACACAGUCCUGCAGGAAUUGUGGUGAUGAUAAUUUUGAGAGAGUGUCAAUGCUACAAGAAAGAAAAGGUCCCAAACUGCCACAUGAGGAGUUAUGUAUACGUGGAGAUGAGAUUAAAUUUCUUGGAUCUAUGGAUGAAAAAGUUUAUCUGUAACAUUGAAUGAAGAUCUCCUGAAAAUUUUAAAGAUACCGUUUGAAAAUUGUACAGCAAACUUUACAGCUAAGACAGUCUUAUGAAAAUUAUUUAGAAUUUUUACAACAAACUUUGCAUUUAUAUUUUCCUAUACUUAUACAUUUAAUAAAUCUUAUGUUUUAAUGAG